AUGUUAGUUAGCAAUAUCCAACAUGCCCGCGCCAUCGAACUACACAUAUUCACAGAUGCCAGUGAAAGUGCCUUCGCAGCGGUUGGGUAUUUUCGUAUCCUAUAUCUAAAUGCAGUCGACAUUGCCUUCGCCUUCGGAAACACGAGAUGUGCACCCAAGAAAAUUCUGUCCAUCCCACGCCUGGAACUACAAGCUGCAGUGUUAGGAUGUCGUAUCCAAACAUCGAUUCGAGAUGGUCAUAACUUCCAGAUAUCUCGUGUUACCUACUGGAGCGACUCAAAAACGACUCUUUGGUGGAUAAGAUCUCCACAUCGCCGAUUCAAACCAUUUGUAGCCCACAGAGUAGCCGAAAUUCUGGACACUUCGAAUUCGACAGAUUGGAAUUGGGUUCCUACAGAAUUAAAUGUAGCAGACGCCGCUACCAGGGCUAUUAGCCCUCCGACUUUCGAACAAAACAGCCGGUGGCUAACUGGUCCAAAAUUUCUUCGUCAUCCGGAGGAUCAAUGGCCCAAAGAUCUUACUGUUGUGGUUCCAGACAAGCUCGAUGAAGAACUACGCGCCAAAGUUCUACAUAUAAAUCAGGCAAGUAACUUUAUAAUUAAAUUUACAAAUUUUUCUUCGUUGACUAGAUUGAAACGAAGCACAGCCUGGAUAAUGCGUUACUUUAAUUCACUACUUAGACAAGCUAGGGAAAAUAUAGCUGCUCGAAAACCUCAAGAACAAGCUACAGAUUUUAGUCCAGCAAAAUGCAAUUCUACACAACAACACUGCAAACUUCAUCAAAGGAAAGUAUUAACAGCUGCAGAAAUCAGGUCAGCCGAAAUAUUCUUAGGUAGACAAGCACAAACCCAAGCAUUUAGAGAAGAAAGAAUAGCACUCAAGAUGGGAAAUUCAGUUUCAAGAAAAAGUCUAAUCUACCAGCUAACGCCACAGCUAGACCAGGAAGAUUUACUACGAGUAAGUGGAAGAAUUGAUUUUGCUAAUUGUCUAUCAGCAGAUUGCUUAAACGUACAAAGAGAAACUGCCAAAGAUGUAAAAUUGCUAAAGCUAAACCUGCCACCCCACCGUUUAACGCCGUACGUUCGACUCUUCACAUACACCGGCUUGGACUAUUUCGGGCCGCUACAAGUAUCCGUAGGGCGACGGAGGGAAAAGCGAUGGGUGGCAUUGUUCACUUGCCUCACAAUAAGAGCCAUCCAUUUAGAAAUAGCUGCAGACCUGUCAACUGAUGCCUGUAUACUUUGCUUGAGGAAUUUUAUCAAUCGUCGCGGAGUUCCUGUCCGUAUACGAAGUGACAACGGAACGAAUUUUAUUGGGGCCAAAAAACAGUUGGGACGGGAACCAGAAUUGUUUGACACUGAUCGUAUUCAAAAUGAAUUGGCCACUAAAGGAAUUGAGUGGAAGUUUUCGUGUUCACUAAAUCCCAGUGAAGGAGGCAUAUGGGAACGGAUGGCGCAGUCGGUGAAGAAGGUGCUGAUGGUAACACUCCGAGAAGAAGCACCGCAUCUGGAAACACUCCGAAGCCUGUUAAUCAAAGCCCAAAACAUUGUCAACUCCCGACCGCUAACAGAAUUACCGUUGACAUCAGAAGAGGAUGAGCCGCUUACACCCAACCAUUUCUUAAUUGGAAGCGUGAACUCCACUCAGACACCGAACCUGGAAGACACACCAAUAGCAGUUAAAAAACAGAUUUUGGAAGCGAUGGAUACAUGA